GAAUCAGCCUGAUCAGAUUAACAGAUUUUUAGAGGCAAACUUGCUCUGCGUUCUUCUUCUUCUUCUUCUUCUUCAUUCAGUUCAGUUCGAUUGAAAGAUGAUCGCGUCGUUCGCUCCUCCUCGCUCCCAAUGCCUCGGCCCCUCCUCCUCCUCCUCCUCCUCCGUUGCUGCCGCGGACCCGAGGAGACGACUCCCGAGCACUCGAGCUUCGCUGAAUCGCGAACGACGUGCUCCUAAACAUCGGCCGCAAUCGGCUUCAUCGGCUUCCCCCUCCUCGGCGGCGGCGGCGGCGGCGGCGGCGGCGUCAUCUUCCCUCUCUUACGGACGGCGCCGGAGGAGGCGGCCCCAGAACGUGGACGGCGACUUCUUCGUAGAUACUACGUGCAUAGAUUGCGAUACUUGCCGCUGGAUGGCUCCGCAAAUUUUUACGAGGGUUGACGAGAUGUCAGCAGUUUUCAAACAGCCAGCCGAUAAGGAGGAACGGCUAAAGGCUCUGCAGGCAUUGAUUUCAUGCCCAACAAGUUCAAUCCACACAGAAAAGCCAGCUCCGGAUGUCUUAGUAGCCCAUGAAACUUUUCCAAUCCCUAUUGAUGAGCAAAAGCUGCCGGGAGUGUAUCACUGCGGGUAUCAUUCAGAGAAAUCUUACGGAGCUUCUUCAUACUUGAUUGUCCGUGCUGAAGGAAACAUUCUUAUAGAUAGCCCCAGGUAUACUGAGAGACUUGCACGUAAGAUUGAGAUGCUUGGUGGUGCACACUCAAUGUUUCUAACCCACAAGGAUGAUGUCGCAGAUCACAAAAAGUGGAGAGAGCGGUUAGGUUGUGACCGGAUUUUGCACUCUGAGGAUCUUGAAGAUUCAACUGCUGAGAUAGAGAUAAAAUUAGAAGGAAGGGGGCCCUGGAAUCUUGGCCAGGACAUAGAGCUUAUUCACACCCCAGGACACACGGAAGGAUCAGUUUGCUUGCUGUACAAACCGCUGGAAGUAAUAUUCACAGGAGAUCAUUUAAUAAUGACACCAACUGGAUUAAGCAUAGUGGAACGGUACAACAGAUGUUCAGUUACUGCACAAUUAAAAAGUGUUGAGAAGUUGGUUGACUUGGACUUCAGGUGGAUAGUACCAGGUCACGGUAGGAGGAUUGAAUUCAAAAGUUCGCUUGAGAAAGAUCUGGUUCUGAAAGAAUUCGUGCAGCAAAAGUCGAGUCAAUUUGCUUAUAUCUAAGCAAGAGUUUCAAUACGGUGGGUAUGCCCAUGGAGACUUCAACUCGCGAAGCGAUGACACCAUCAGCAAAUGCGUUUACAUAGUUUGUGAUUGGGAGACUAGUUUGUGUGAAUAUUAGAGUUGAAUGUGAACUCGGAAUUCAGUUCACUUGCAUGUAUUCAUGAUAACGACAUAUAACUCAUAGAAGGUUGCCCAAUUGCUCGGGAGAGUUUCUGUUCUAUCUGAAAAUAGUUUAAUUUUGGUCCUCUCAAUAUUCCUCUCGCUCAUCUGAAGUUUGGUUAGUGGCAUUAGCCUGACAUUGAGCCUGAAAAGCUGUGUAAAAGAUUUUCACCAUAUCCGGAAGAAAAUCGUAGUAAGAAAACAGAAGUUAUAGAGAACGAUCCCAGUCUUUUGACAGCUUAA